AUGUAUUUAGGACUUCCUGUGCAAGUUCGUGAUGCAGCUCUUCAAAUAGCCGAUAAUAUCCCUCGCCAAGGAGCCAACAGGGAUUUUUACCUGCAGAAUGCUGAGCGAGCUCUUGCGAACACUGACGGCACGACACCAAUAGGAGCACUGGCUAACAUUGGUGACACCGCUGGAACAGAAAUGUUAAAGCGGCUUGCGCGGACGGCACCAUAUUACAAGCGAAAUGCACCUCACAUUUGUUCAUUCUAUGUGAAGGGUGAAUGUAAGAGAGGAGAAGAGUGCCCAUAUCGCCACGAGAAACCAUCUGAUCCUGAUGACCCAUUGUCUACUCAAAAUAUCAGAGAUCGAUAUUAUGGAAGCAAUGAUCCUGUAGCAGAGAAGAUUCUCAACAGAGCCAAGGCCAUGCCAGCGCUAGAACCUCCCGCAGAUACUACGAUAACUACGUUAUACGUGGGUAAUCUUGGACCAGCCGGACAAAUAACGCAGAAAGAUUUGAAUGACUACUUUUAUCAGUUUGGCGACAUCCGAAGUUUACGCUUAUUGGAGGCGAAGUCUUGUGCGUUUAUACAGUUUACCACUCGAGAAUCAUGUGAGAUGGCUGCUGAAAGAUCUUUCAAUAAAUUAUUCCUGAAGGGCCGUCGUCUCGUUAUUCGAUGGGGUCAGCCACAAGCCCAAAAAGCGGAUGAUCAGCGAACUAUCAACCCAGUACCUUCGUUACCGAACCCAUGCCCGGUUCCUGAUGAUUUGGCUCCAUCCAGCUCUAAACGUCAACGUAUUGAUCCACUCAACAUACCUCUUCCACCCUUACCACCUAGCUUUGCUCCUCCAUCGAAGCUUGUUGUUCCUCCAUCACGGCCUCCAGCAGGUGCAUCUACAUCUACACCAGGAUCUAGCACUGACAGCAGUGCUGGCAGCUCCGGUCGAACAGGUGGCAUAUACUAUCCGAGUCAAGAUCCACAACGUUUAGGAGCGAAAGGAGACGUAAUUGAAGAGUAG